GGGGCGUGGCCCCGAGGAGGCGGAGACAAGAUGGCUGCCCAGAGUGCUUGGAGGACCUAAGAGGCGGUGGCCGGGGCCACGCCCCGGGCAGGAGGGCCGCUCUGUGCGCGCCCGCUCUAUGAUGCUUGCGCGCGUCCCCCGCGCGCCGCGCUGCGGGCGGGGCGGGUCUCCGGGAUUCCAAGGGCUCGGUUACGGAAGAAGCGCAGCGCCGGCUGGGGAGGGGGCUGGAUGCGCGCGCACCCGGGGGGAGGCCGCUGCUGCCCGGAGCAGGAGGAGGGGGAGAGCGCGGCGGGCGGCAGCGGCGCUGGCGGCGACUCCGCCAUAGAGCAGGGGGGCCAGGGCAGCGCGCUCGCCCCGUCCCCGGUGAGCGGCGUGCGCAGGGAAGGCGCUCGGGGCGGCGGCCGUGGCCGGGGGCGGUGGAAGCAGGCGGGCCGGGGCGGCGGCGUCUGUGGCCGUGGCCGGGGCCGGGGCCGGGGCCGUGGCCGGGGACGGGGCCGGGGCCGGGGCCGGGGCCGCGGCCGUCCCCCGAGUGGCGGCAGCGGCCUUGGCGGCGACGGCGGCGGCUGCGGCGUCGGCGGCGGCGGCAGCAGCGGUGGCGGCGGCGCCCCCCGGCGGGAGCCGGUCCCUUUCCCGUCGGGGAGCGCGGGGCCGGGGCCCAGGGGACCCCGGGCCACGGAGAGCGGGAAGAGGAUGGACUGCCCGGCCCUCCCCCCCGGAUGGAAGAAGGAGGAAGUGAUCCGAAAAUCUGGGCUCAGUGCUGGCAAGAGCGAUGUCUACUACUUCAGUCCAAGUGGUAAGAAGUUCAGAAGCAAGCCUCAGUUGGCAAGGUACCUGGGAAAUACUGUUGAUCUCAGCAGUUUUGACUUCAGAACUGGAAAGAUGAUGCCUAGCAAAUUACAGAAGAACAAACAGAGACUACGAAACGAUCCUCUCAAUCAAAAUAAGGGUAAACCAGACUUGAAUACAACAUUGCCAAUUAGACAAACAGCGUCAAUUUUCAAACAACCAGUAACCAAAGUCACAAAUCAUCCUAGUAAUAAAGUGAAAUCAGACCCACAACGAAUGAAUGAACAGCCACGUCAGCUUUUCUGGGAGAAGAGGCUACAAGGACUUAGUGCAUCAGAUGUAACAGAACAAAUUAUAAAAACCAUGGAACUACCCAAAGGUCUUCAAGGAGUUGGUCCAGGUAGCAACGAUGAGACUCUUUUAUCUGCUGUUGCCAGUGCUUUGCACACAAGCUCUGCACCAAUCACAGGGCAAGUCUCCGCUGCUGUGGAAAAGAACCCCGCUGUUUGGCUUAACACAUCUCAACCCCUCUGCAAAGCUUUUAUCGUCACAGAUGAAGACAUUAGGAAACAGGAAGAGCGAGUACAGCAAGUACGCAAAAAAUUGGAAGAAGCACUGAUGGCAGACAUCUUGUCUCGAGCUGCUGAUACAGAAGAGAUGGAUAUUGAAAUGGACAGUGGAGAUGAAGCCUAAGAAUAUGAUCAGGUAACUUCUGACCGACUUUCCCCGAGAGAAAAUUCCUAGAAAUUGAACAAAAACGUUUCCACUGGCUUUUGCCUGUAAGAAAAAAAUGUACCCGAGCACAUAGAGCUUUUUAAUAGCACUAACCAAUGCCUUUUUAGAUGUAUUUUUGAUGUAUAUAUCUAUUAUUCAAAAAAAUCAUGUUUAUUUUGAGUCCUAGGACUUAAAAUUAGUCUUUUGUAAUAUCAAGCAGGACCCUAAGAUGAAGCUGAGCUUUUGAUGCCAGGUGCAAUCUACUGGAAAUGUAGCACUUACAUAAAAUAUUUGUUUCCCCCACAGUUUUAAUAUGAACAGAUCAGGAAUUCUAAAUAAAUUUCCCAGUUAAAGAUUAUUGUGACUUCACUGUAUAUAAACAUAUUUUUAUACUUUAUUGAAAGGGGACACCUGUACAUUCUUCCAUCAUUACUGUAAAGACAAAUAAAUGAUUAUAUUCACAGACUGAUUGGAAUUCUUUUUGUUAAAAAGCACACAUAAUAAAGAGCCCCUCAUUUACCUUCCUGAUUUAGAUUCAACUCUGAUCCCUGGGCCUUAGGUUUGAAAUGGAGGUGGUGGAAGGUAGUGCAUACAUUUGCAGUAUGAACUAUUGCCUCUGGACAUUGUGAGAAUUGUGCUUUCACCAGAAUUUCUAAGAAUUGCUGCGAAAUACCAUCUAGCAUGUGUCAUUUUUUUUCUUGCCUGUGACUCAGACUUUUGGUAGUUCUGUAAGAAUAAGGCCUUUUCUAACCUUGGGCACGAAUUAGAUUCACAAGUACCCUUCAGGUGUUACUAGAAGUUGUCCAUGUUUAUUGGUUUUUAAAGAAUGUUUGGCACUCAGUAACGUCCACUAGCUUACUGAAUUAACAGGUGUAGGUCAGACUCUUGGCUAUAAUGAGAGGCAGCUUCUAGGCAGAGUUGCUUAAUGAAAGGGUUUGUAAUACUUUACAAACCAUUACCUGUACCUUGCCUGGCUUCCAAAAUAUUAACAUUAUUUUUCUGUUGAAACUCAUGAGCGUAACUUUCAUUACCAUUUGAAUUUAUUGAUAUUUAAUUAUAAAAACUAACAUUACUUAUUAAAUAAGUUCUAAAAUCAAAACAUAAUCUGAUACCAAGGAAGGGAGUGAGUGGUUAUAAGCAAAUUAAAACGAAUUUUGAUAGAGCAAAAGUAGAAUUAUUCUAUAAAAAAGGUGUAUUUAUUUCUUCUUAACUCUUGAGUUCUUUUAAAAUUAGACCCUAAAUGAUGCAGUCAGGAGUGUGGACAGUUCCACAUGAGUGUCACCUGUACAUUUUGUUAGCACUACCUCCAGUUCCCAAGGCAGGGAAGAAGAGGGGAAUAGUCAAAGCAAUAUGAGUGGCUAGGUGUGGGCUGCUGUUUUUCUGGGACUUUUAUGCCAAACUACAUAAACACUUUUUGGAAUUUCUGAUUUAUACUCAACUUUGAUCCCUGGGCCCUAGGGCCAUUAGGAGAAGUUUCCUUGGAGAAGUCCUGCUGAUGGAUGGUCAGGGAAACUUGUAGAUUCUGGGAGGCCGAUUGGUCAAGGAUGCCUGCCCUGGCCCCAUCAAAUUGUCCCAACUGGGGUGGGGUGAGGAGUCAUAGUGAUUUCUUUUUAAAAAGCCAGUUUGACUAGUGAGAAUGGAUGUCCAAGGGCUUUUCUCUUCCUCCCCCAAGUCCAUGAUUCUUCAUUUGUGAUCAGGGUUGGGAGCUUCACCUUGGUGAUCAUAUAUUCUUUUUACAAACCAAUCCAACCAAGAUAUAUGUGCUUUUAUAAACAGCUUGUAAAAGCACAAACACAAUGUAUACACAUAUAAAACUUCGAUUUUUUUUCUUAUAUACUUUGCUCAGGUGGAGAACAAGGUAUGAAAGCCAUUAUAUGGUGUCCCUUGGGGACCAUCCAUAAGUCUAGGGUGUUCCCAAUAUACCCACAAGACAAUAUCUUCAAAACUUCAUCACCUGAUCCCCACAAACCUACCACCCUCUUGCAUUCCUUCACUCUGGUAAAAGCAAGCCAUCUUCUCCAGUUGUCCAAGGCAGAAGCCCUGGAGUGAGCCCAAAUGCCACUCUUUCCCUUGCUUCUGACUUCUCAUCAAUCCUAUUAGAACUACUGACUGCACCCCAUGUCUCUCCUCCAUCCCCAUGAUCACUGCCUUUGUAUGAACUUCCUUUCCUGUCUGCUGGACUUUCAGUGGCUUCCUUUUUUGCUCACCUAUCCACUUCCUUCCCCUUCCCUCUCUCCAUCCCCCUUUUUUCCCCCUCCAUAUAGUCAUCAGAAAGAUCAUCAAAACAGGCAAAUGUGACCAUAUGAUUUCCCUCACUUAUCUUUGUAUGCAGCUUAGAGUGGUUUUUAAGAGCACGCACUUUGAAAUUAGGAGAACCUGUGUCUGAAUCCUGAUUUUGCCAUUUGUGUGACUUGUCAGGUUAUUUAAUCUCUUGGAGCCUGUCCCUCCUCAGUGAAAUAGGAGUAAUAAUACCUACCUCAUAGAGUUGUUGUGAGGAUUCAAUGAGAUAGACUGUUUCUAAAGUGUGUAGCACAGUGCCUGGCACAUAGUGGGUGCUCACAUUGGAGCACACUAUUGUCCCUAUCCCUGCAGGUGUUUUACCUCCCUUCCAAGAGGCAUUUGCUAAUAACCCUAACUACCGCCUAUCCCUGUGACACUACUUUCUGCCUCAGCACCUAGUUUAUUUUCCUUGUAGACAUUUUCUAAAUCUGUAUUUUAUUUAUUUGUUGGCUUUUUGUCUAUUUCUCUACUAGAAUGUAAGCUCCAUGAGAGCAAGGAUAUGCUUGUCUGAUUUCCUGUUUACAGCCCCAGCACUUAGCUGAGUGUCUGGCACCUAGUAAGCACUCAGUAAAUGUUUGCUUAAUAAAUGGAAGAAUGGUCAAAAGGUUCUUCGUGAUCUGACCCCUGCUUGUCUGUCUGGCCUCAUCCUGCCACUAUCUUCAUUGCACCUUCAGCUCAAGAAAAACCUCUUUACUUGCUUCUUUGAAGUGCCCCUUGGGCCUCUGUGUCUUUGUACCUGUUGUUCCUUUUGCCUGAAACACCCUUGGCCUGCCUGUCUACACGGUGAGUUCCUAAUCAUUGGUGAAGUCUCAACUCAAUGGCUACCUCCUCUGUGAAGCUGUCCCUGAUUUCUCCAGGCGGAUGUACUUUCCCCCUUCCCAGUUCCCACUGCACUUUGUAAAUACCUCCAUGGAAGCACUUUAUUGUAUUGUAUUGUAAUUUUUUUGCAUGUCUGUUUCUACUAUUAGACUGUAAGCACCGUGAAAGCAGAGAUUGUGUUUUUUUCAUCCUGAUGUUCCCAGAGCCUAGCCCAGUGCCUGGCACAUAAUAGUUUGUCAUUAAAUAUUUGUUGAAUGAAUCUGUGAUUGAACAAAGAGUCAUGCAGUUGGAAAGUGUUAGAAGCUGUAUGUAUUAUAAAGGAAAGAAAUGCCCUUGGUGGCUUCCAGGGUAUUUUUUUUUUUUUUUUUUUGGUCUAAAAAGGAGAUCUAGAGAGUGUUAUACAAUCUAUUUGAAUAUAAGAUUACUCGUUUGGAUU